AAUUGUUGUGGUUUUGUUCAAAAUAAAGUUAUAUGAAUUUAGUAACUGUCGUCUUUUGGCAAAUUGAAGUGUCGUUAAAAGUCGCCCAGGAUGCAGUACGGGCGCAAGUGUUUACUCUGCAAGAGCACCAGAUACCGAGAGCGCAGCUGUCGUCUGUUCAAAUUUCCUCCCCGUGGCAGCCCAAUGUGGUCCCGGUGGUUGACAGCUUGCGGUUUCAAGGAAAAGGACAUUGAUGAAAAUUCUCGCGAACCACCACGUCUUUGUCAAAAACACUUUCUGAAGAAAGACUUCCUGACUCGGAAGCUAACUGCCACCGCCGUUCCAUCGGUGUUUCCGCUGAAUGUGUACACGGAGAUUGCAGAAGAUGUAAUAAAUUCCCGCUCAAACGACUGUGUCAGUUCAGAUACUGUAAGCGAAAAGGAUGUUGAUUACAGUGUUGAACCAAGUCAGCAGCUGAUCGGCGAGGUUUACGGUUUGGUAGAUGUCCUUCCAACGGGGGUCAAUGAUCUGAUAGAAUUUACCGGAACCGAACCGGAUGAGAUCGUGGAGGAAAUCACUGCCGGGGAUUUACCAAGCAGCCAAAAUCCGACUGAUGACGACGAUGUGUUGGUAAGUUGUUAUGUUGAAAAUCAUUGGAAUCUUUUAGACCAUUUACGCGAAGAACGGGCUAAGGUUGAGCAACUGGCAAAAAAACUCAACGAAAAGGAACGACUCAUAGGAGAGCAGUCCAAGAUUUUGAAACAGCUUGGUGUUCAAUUUGAGACUCAUAACUAAAGUAAUUUUAAAUGCUAGACGUUUAAAGUAUGUUGUAAGAUAGAUUGUUAGCAAGCAAUAUUUAUUUUUUUU